AUGGCGAUCGCCGGGAACCUGAAAAUAUGGAUCCUCUGGGUGAUUCAGGCGAAGGAGGUUCUCGAAAGAAUGGACAUACAGGUGGAUCCAUGCAACGAUUUCUACCGGUUUGCAUGUGGGGGAUUCAUCGACAACGUAAUCCUCCCAGAUGUCUACUCUUCCGUGAACCAAUUCUCCAAGGUGGGAGAGGUUGUGUGGGAGAGAAUCCGGAGCCUCCUUGAAGAACCCAUCCGCGAAGGAGAUAUAGCACCUUUCCGCAUGUUGAAGAAUUUGUACACUUCUUGCAUGAAUAGAAGUCAAUUUGAUUGGUCUGGGGCAAAUAAUCUUGAUGAAAACCUGGAUGACUCUGGAGGAUGGCCUGAAGAUGAAGGACCGGAUUGGAGCGAGUCCAUUUCCUCAUGGAACAGCCUCAUCUAUAAGCAUCGGAACAUGGGAUUCCCUAUUCACUCCUUCAUCAACUUCUCUGUGAUUCCUGAGAACUCCAGCCACGUUAUAAAACUGUUGUCCAUGUGGAAAGUGCUUGGGUUCACAACUGUGGUCCAGCUGGAAAUUAAAGCCUCUCCAACCGGGAUUGUAAGCUUGUAA